CUAUGGGCGGCCGCGGCCCUGCCGUCUGCUGCGGGGAAGGCGGAGCCUGUGCUGGGCCUGCCGGGCCGACGGCCGUUCGUUCCGCAAGAGCCGUAGCAGCCGUAGGGGGUCGGGGCCGCUGGCGAGGUCUCAGUUCCCGUAUCCCUGCCCGGAGGCCGACACCGCCCGGCACUCCGGGUGCCUCCUCCCGCUGCCGCGCCCCGUGAAUCGGGACCGUGCCUGCGUCCCUGCCGGGAGAUGAAGCGGAUCUUCGGGUUCGGGAAGAAGAGGAAGGGGCAGCCGCCGUCCGGCGGCGCCUCCCAGCCCUGCCCCGCCGGUGCAGCCUACGAGCUCCGGCCGAAGGACCUGGGCAAGCUGCACCGCGCGGCCGCCAGCGGCGACCUGGCCCAGGUGCGGCAGGGGCUGAAGAAACACGGUAUCGACGGGCGGGACAAGGCGGAGCGGACACCCCUGCAUCUUGCUUGUGCAAAUGGCCACGUGGAUGUCGUUUCCUAUCUAGUAGAAAACAAAUGUCAGCUGAAUCUCUUUGACAAGGAUAACAGGUCACCACUGAUGAAGGCAGUGCAGUGCCAGCAAGAAAAAUGCGUGGCUGUUCUGCUAGAGCAUGGUGCAGACCCAAAUCUGGCUGAUGCUGAUGGCAAUACUGCUCUUCAUCUGGCAGUCCUGUCUCCUAGUCCAACGGUAGUGGGGCUGUUACUUGAGCAUAAUGCUGAUAUUGAUGCCCAGAAUAAGGAGGGAUUUACUCCACUUAUUCUUGCUGUCUCUGGACAUCAUGGAGAAAUAGUAGAAUUUCUCCUUAAAAAAGGAGCUGAUGUGCACGCUCGAGAUCAGUGUGAAAGAACCCCACUUAUGACUGCUGCUUCUGGUGGAGAGCUUAAUUUGAUAAAAGUUCUUCUGCGGUAUGGGGCUGAUGUUUCCCAUAGAGACACUAAUGGCUGGACAGCUGAGGAUUAUGCUGUUAUCCAUGGAUACUCUAGUCUUAGUAAACAUCUGGCAGAAUACACAGGCUGGGAAAACACAGGAGAAGCUGCUGGAGGUGGAGCACAAGGUAUCACAGUGUUUGGGACUUCUCACCGGGCAGGAGCUGCUGGCAUUACAUUGGGUGCACCUGCUGUGGACAGAGGAGCAAUAGAUGACUUUUCCCAAGGAGACUUAAUAAGAAGCUCUGAGAAAGAGGGGAGUGAUGACAGCUGGCAUACUUCUGAAGAAGAAGAGCUUGAUUUUACCCCCAAGAAGCCACAGAAGCCAAAUUUGACACUGUUGAUGAAUGCUUCUCAGCAGCUCAGGAAAAACAAGGAUGGUGAUGGUUCUGGAAUUGAAAGUCCUAGGUCACCAAAGAAAAGCCUCAAACCAAGAACCUCUACAGAUGCAGACCUGAACAAAGAAGAAGCUGGUGAAUUGUUGAAUCAAGAUGUCUCUGAUACAAGCAACCUGGAGGGAGAAGAAUUGGAGGAAGAGGAGGAGGAGGAAGAGGAAGAGGAGGAGGAGGAGGAAGGUGAUGAAAAUGACACUGGAGAUGAUGAUGAAGAAUAUGAGGAGGAAGAAGAAGAAGAGGAGGAGGAUCUUAGUCAAGAUGAAAAGGUGGAAGAUCUUGAAGAAACUCAGUCUAAUGACAUACAGAAGGAGGAGCAGAGGGAGAAAACAGAACCUGAAGUAAAAAUUAAUCAAAAAUUGAAGUAUUUGAGUAACUUCAAGUAUGAAGGAGAAGAUUGGUGUGGAACUGAAGAUGUCUGUGAUGUGAAAAUAAGUGAAAAACAUGAUGAAAAGGAAUCUGUUGAUGCUCCUGUGUCUUUUAUAGCUGGGUGUUACGAAAAGUUGCAAGAAGAUAUAACUGCCAUAUCUCCAAAGGUAAUGAAUAAUGAAGUAUCUUGCAAGUCAGUACCAAAACAGGCUGUCUUUCAAAAUCUAAAUAAUUUACAAGAUAGACAAGAAGACUGGAACAGGAAAAGCAUGGUUCAAGAGAAGUUUCAUAGAAGUGCUGAGUCCUGUUUUUCAGACUCUGAAAUGACAGACUGGAAAAAGGAGAUACCUCAGUCCCUCACAGAUAGUGAGAAGGAGAAGGAGAAAAAGUCAAGCUUUAGUGAUGGCUUUGAAAAUGGUACGAAUUCUUGGUCAGCAGCAAAAAGCCCAAGGCUUGAAAGUAAAAAACCAAACUCUGUCAUGCUUGAACAUGUAAAUGAUGAAGAUACUGCAGAAGAGCAAUAUGAUGAAGUAGAUGAUGAAGUCUGUGAAGCACUGAAACAAGAAAGUGAAAACUUGCACUUAAAUAAGUGUGGAGAAAGAUUAAGAGAAGCAUUUCACUCAAGUACUAAAGAAGAAUCACCUGAACAGGAAGAAGAGGAGGAGGGGGAGGAGCAGGAGAAGGAAGACAGUGGUAAAGAGCUACAAACUGCAGUUAAUGAGGGUGUGAAACAAUCUACUAAUGAUAUCCAUCAAGUGCACAGUGCUUUAAAAGACAACACUGGUGUCUUGCCAGCAGUGGGAGCAGAGGAUGAAGAAGAUGCUGAUUCUCCCUGGGAUUCUGAGAUUAUACAAACGGAGUCAGAAAGUCCGAGAAGAGUAUCCUCUGGUGUGUUGCUCCCAGCUGCAGACCAACAUGGAGCAUGUUCACAGAUUGUUUCAGGGGGACACGACAAUGGCUUUUCAGAGAAACCCCACAAUUCACAGCUGAAAACUUCUGAAUCUAUUUUGGAAGUUAAUGAAACAUCUCCUAAAAAAUGGCAGCAGAAAUCAGAUCUAUUGGAGGAAUUUGAGUUAGGAGAUGCAGAGGAUAUUGAAGGUGAGUACUCAGGAUCUGCCUUUCAUAUGUCAUCAGCUGAAAGAGAAGACAUCAAGGAUGCCACUGAAAACUAUGGGGUGAAGGAUAAAUAUAUUUUAGAAACUACCAACUUGAUAGAAAAAACAGCACAUGGAAAUCAGACUGACAAAGCAGAAAUUUCACAUCAGGAUGCCCUAGCAGAAAAUGAGGAAUCACACAGUGCUGACAAGCCAUUUAUUUUAAAAUCUUGGGAAGAAAGAUAUGAAAGAAUGUGGGUUGAAACUGAGAAAAGGGAAUUGAAAUCAAAUUUUAAAAACAUUACAGCAGAGCUGAAGCAGCUGUUUGGUGAAAUUAAUGAAACUGGGAAAACUACUUCCCUUGUGAAAGAAAUACCUGAAGAUGGCUUCAGUGAAGAGUUGAAGAGCUUUUGUGUUGUCUCAUCUCAUGCAACAGAAUCAAGUAAUAAGUUAGAAAGUAAAGGUCAAUUUGGAGAUAUUAAACUUACACUGGGUGAAAAAGUACCCAAACUGGAAAUUGUAGUUCCGAAUCCUGGUGUCUCUCCUGAUCAAAGUAACUUAAAUACAAACCUGGAAGAUAGCUGGAGUGCAGAUGGAGAAGAUGGCACAAACAAUACAGCUAAUAAAAAGGCACCUCUAGCAAAAGGAGAGGAAAAGAAAAUGCCUGCUGUGGAAAUGGAAGAGAAUGAAAAUGGAAGUAGUAGAAAUGUAGGGGAAAGUCCUGGCUACACCUCGAAACAUAGCUUAAAAAGUAUUUUGGAUGAUGCUUCUACUAUUCUUCCUAAAAUAAGACCUGUUUCUACAAGUAAUGAAAAUGCACUUUUUGUAACAGAAAGGAAAACUGGAAAAGACUCUGGGUUUAAUGAUGAUGUUCCCAGGUACUGCCUUAUCAACAAGAAUAAGAUAGGAGAAACAGAAACUGAAAGUCUUUUUGCACAUGCUCAGCAAUCAGGUAGCAUGCUGGAAAGGAAUCUUGAUGAAGAACUAAAACAAGAUAUGGAAAGAUUUAAGAGUAAGGUUGAGAAGGAAAAAAGCAAACAAAGAGGUUUCAAAAUGCAGGCAGUGGCAAAACAAGAUGAUCUUGACAAAUUAAAUACACCAUCAAGUGAUGUUGCUAAUCAGCAAAUGAAACAAAAGGUGACCCUAAGGAUGAGUGACCAUUUGAAAACGGAGAAUGAAAACAGUAGAGAAGAAAAACACAAAAAAAACUUUUCAUCUGAGGAGAGAUCAAAGGAGAUUAAAAUGCCAUUGAAAGGUAAAUUUGCAAAGAAAAAUAGAAGACAGACUUCAAAGCAGAAGGCGAAUAAGCAGAUGAGCUCUUCCAGUGAGAAUGCUUUUCCAGCACUGGAUGAUAGCACUUUCACUGAAACAUCUCAAGAUGAAGAAAGACCUGCAACAAAAACACAAAGUGAGAAGAACAAGGUCAGCAUACAGAUGGAUGUAGGUGAUGAUGAUUCAACUCGCUCAUCCACUGCAGCUUCAGAGGAUGUUGAAUUACCAACUUCAAGCUACAAAGAGGCUAUGUUGCUGUUGGAACAGCUUAGUGUGGAUCAUGCAGGUUCUGCUAUUUUGUCAAAAAUUCAAGACAUAAUUCUUAAAUAUGAACAGAUAAUAGAACGUGAAAAAAAUCGGUAUGCAGCUGUCUGUCGGAAAGUGAGGAAAUUGGAAAGCAAAAAGGAGGAGUCACAAUUAAAAGCAGAAGAGACACAAGAUUUGAAAUCCAUGUUGGCUCCCCAGGAAGCGGAAUGGAAGAAUGAUAUCCAAAGCCUAAAGUUAGCAUUGAAACAAGAAGAGGAAAAGAGGCUCAGAGCAGAAUCACUGUAUGGGAAAACAAGAGAAAAACUCAGAAGGAAGGAAGAUGAAUAUUGUAAAGAGCUGGAGGAGAAACAACAACUUGAGUUACACUCAAGCAAUUUAGAAAUGGAGUUAAUAACACUGAGAAAUCACUUGAAACAGGUUGAGGAAGAGCGUGAUGAAACACAGAGACAGCUCUCUCGGGAAAAGAGUGCCAGAGCCCUGCAAGAAGGAAUUUUGAACCACCACCUUCAGAGACAAAAGGAUCUAGAAGAAGAAACAAGGAGGACUAUAGGAAAGAAUUCGGAGGAAUCUGCAACUGAGAGAGAAAAGGAUCUGUUGUACAAAAAUCAAUUACUACACGAUGAGAUGGCUAUGCUAAGACUAGAACUUGAUCAAGUAAGACUUAGGCACCAGGAGGAAGAAGGGAAAUACUUAGAGGAAAAUGAGAGCUUGAAGGAAAAAAAUGAAGACCUCAGAAAGGAACUUAAAUUGAAUGAGGAAGCCUUAACGCAAACAGCUUUUCAGUACAAUGCACAACUGAAUUUACUGAAGACAGAAUCUGCAGUGCUAACUUCCAAGCUUGAGCAGACCAAAGAAACCAAGGACAGACUAGAGACAGAAAUGGAAUCGUUUCGUUCCCGCCUGAACACUGCUGUUCAGGAACUGGAACGUCAUCAGUCCUCAAAAGGUGAUGUUGAGCGAACGUUUCAGAGAGAGCGGGAUGAAUGGCUUCGCUUGCAAGACAAGCUCCAUCAUGACCUCUCUGCUGUGCAAGAAACCAACAAGAGCUUGUCUCAGCAGCUGAGUACAGCCGAAAGCAGGGCUAAUAGUCUAGAAAAUGAGCUUCACGAGUUGAAAAAUACCCUCAGAGAAAAAACACUGCUUUUAGAAAUGACACAAAAAGAGUUAAGUCAAGCCCAGUGUCAAGCAAAGGAAAGCGAUCGUGCUCGACAACUUGAGAAAGAUCAAGUAAGCAAGUUUAUAAUAAAACAAGAAUCCAUGCAGGAGCGAUUGGCACAGCUCCAGAGCGAAAACCUUUUACUCCACCAGCACCUGGAAGAUGUGCAGAACAAGGGGAUCCUCAAAGAAAAAGUAGUGAGUGAUGUGCAGGACAGGUUUAAUGACAUUUUCAACAAACUCAGAGCUGACACGGAAAAGCAAGUGUACCUUGUGGAAGAGAGAAACAAGGAAUUAAGUGCCAAGUGUUCUGAUUUGAGAGAACAAGUCUUUAAAUAUGAGACUGACAAAGUAGAAAGAGAGGGUAUGGUCAGACAGCUGCAGCAGGAGCUUGCUGAUGCUCUGAAGAAGCAAUCCAUGUCAGAAGCUUCUCUUGAAGUUACUACACGGUACCGCAGGGACCUGGAGGAGGACAAGUUGUCCUUGCAAAAGGAAUUGGAGAAGCUUAAAACCAAGUUGCAGGAUUUGGAAGAACAGCAUAUUCAAUCUGAACGUUGUGUUCAUGACUUGAAGAUAGCCUUGGAUAAUAAGGAGAGGGAACUAAGAGCUUCUUCCCAGGAACUGCAGGACCUCCUUUUGGCAUCUUCUGGGACUAAUACUACUAUAAAACAACUGGAAGAACAUGUCCAACGCCUUGAAAUAGAAAAUGCCAGACUGGAAGCCACAGUCCAGCAACAAAACAACAGGAUUGAAGCUCUUCAGGAAGACCUGCAAGCCUCUGUCUCAGUUCAUGACCGCCUGGAAAACUUGAUAACAAACAUACAGGCAGCACAGGCAGCUGCAGAGGACCAGCACCAGCAGCAGAUGCAAAAGCAGAAUUUGCUGCCUCUGACAUCAAAGGACUUGCACAGCAUUUGGGAAGAGCAGUUGAAGUCGAGAUCACACCUGGAAGAGCGUGUCACUCAGCUCAACAGGGAAAAGGCAGAACUCUUGGAACAGUGUGAGAGUGAAAGAAAGAAAGUGAAGAAACUGGUCGAGCUGAAACGCCCAGUUGAACUGCGACUGGACCAGGAAAUGGAAAGAAAUAUUGAGCUGCAGAAAGACUGUAAGAGGUUGAAGAGACUUCUGAGCAGAGCUAUGAAGAAACUAAGGCUGUAUGAGGAGAGAGAAUCCCAUCUUAAUUUACAGGGAGAAAUGAAGAACGGGUAUUCUGAAAUAGUCACUGAAGUUAGUACAUUAAGAAUGAAGGUUGGUGAACUUUCUCAGCAGCUGGAGACAGAGUCUAAAAAAUGCAUGCAGCUAGAAACACAGAAUCAGGAUUUGCGAGAAGAGUUGUGCAGCAUGCGUGGGAGCCAUGAACAACUGGAGAAGAGCAAAUGCCAGCUGAAAGAAGAGAUGACUAACCUCAAACAUCGUUUGGAGAACAACAUGGUGGAUCACAGCCAAAUAGAACAAUGUAAAAAAGAGAUGGAAGAACGAGCUGGACAAGAAAUAAGGCAGAUACUACAAGAAGUCAAUCUGUUUUUGCAGGCACAGGCAGCCUCCCAGGACCGAAUAGAACAAAUCCGAGCCAGUCAUCAUGAGUCCCUCAGGAACCAGCUAAAACACAAAAUUAAAGAUCUCGAGUGGGAAUUGGACAAGAUAAAAAAUACCCAACAGGACAGUAUUUCUCUGAAAGAGUCUACACGUGCAGAAGUGGAAAAGUACAAAGAGCUGUACCUGGAGGAAGUGAAAACUAGAGGAUGCCUAGCAAGUAAACUGGAAAGAGCUAAUGAGAAACUAGCAGAAGCCAACGCCAAGCUCCUUCAUGAGCGCAAUAGAAGAAAAUCUUUAAUUGCAAGCAGCAUUGUCAGUGGAGGUCUGGCUCCUAGCCCAGUUCUAUAUUCAACUGAACUGGGACAUCUUGGCAACAACUUGGCACUGAACAGAAGCUUAAGUUUAGGAGGAAGCUUCCUAAGUACAGCUGGGACUGCAUUAUCAUCAAGAAACAGGGUUGAAGCCUUUGUGGCUAAGAUCCGUCAGGAACUGGAUGAAAAAAUCUCUAAGGAACUUGAACAAGCCAAUGCUGAUCUUGAAAAAGCAUCUCCUGGAGCCUCUCCCAUUGUAUCUACUGAUGGUUCUUCAAAAAAUUUCAAUGUUGACCAGGAUCCCUUUUGCAGGGCAAUACAGGAGUACCGUGAUGUUUUAACCAAAAAUUAUGUGAUUUGAACAAAAUGCUAAUGAAAGGCUCCUGACAUAAUUUUGUUUAAAUAGUACGUCUGCAGCUUCCCAUCCCAUGGUUCAGGUGUGAAAGUGUUUUUUGUGGUCUGACUACAAAUUCAUUUACAUGCUUGACAGGCACAUUGCACUUACCUGUUGGUUUAUUGAUGCAUAGUUUUAUUUUUUUGUAUGAUCUAUGCCUAUUUUUCCACUUAGCAGACUGACUAAUUUGGAUUUUCGUGCUUGACAAAACUGUCAACAUCUUUCUUAUUUAGAUGCAUUGUUUUGAUGCCCUCAUAUUCAUAUUUUAGGAAAAGCGUUCCAUUUGUGUUAAAAAAACAGUUUUACUUAAUUCAGGAAGUUGUUGUUACUGAAGAUCUGUGCUUGUAAUUUUGUGUCUGCAGAAGUCCCUAGAGACCAGAAGAUUAUAGAGCAAAGUCCCAAUUCUGGAAAAGUGGGAAUGGUUGUGCUGAGAUGAAUUGAGACAGGGCAAAACUGGGGGUUUUAUCCACUAAUUCCAGAACAUGAGUUAAACAUUGAGGAAAGCAAUGAAUGCUGCUGUGACAUUGUUCCUUUUUAUGUGAAUACAUUUUUGUGAAGCUAAUACACUGUAUUUAAUUCCAGA